CUCCAAACGUGUCGUCUUCCCGGUGAGGUGUCCAUAGUUGGGUGAGCUGAAACCUACCGCAUUGACUUGUAUUUAACUCGUCAUCUCGUCAUGGGAUGCUCAUCGUCGAUUCUUCUCUGAGGGCCCUCUCGAGCUUUGAGAAUUCUCUGAGAAACCCCUGAGAGAUAAGGAGACUCGUGGGUUCUUGCUCAUUCUCGCUGGAAGGCAAGUUCGAGUUCAAAAGAAAGCUCCUUUUUUUAAAAGUAAAUAAGGGGUCUUACAGUGAGGCUAUGAAGUGUUUCCCUUUCUCAAAUGGAAAGAAAAGAGAACCUCAAGCGAGGAGGUCUCCAUCUUCUAUGUCAAGCAGCACCAUGUCGACAGAUCGUGAUAUGAGGAGGUCAGGGUCUGAGCUCAACUCUCUUAGUGUCUCAGACAUGAGUGCUGACUCCAUAGGGAGGUCUCAGUUCCCUAGUUUCUCACAGAGACCAAGCAAUCUCAGAACAUUCACUUUUGAAGAACUGAGGAAUGCUACAAGGAAUUUCAGCCACUCACUAAUGAUUGGAGAAGGUGGAUUUGGAUGUGUUUACAGGGGCGCAAUCAGGAGCUCUGAUGAACCAAACACAAGGAAAGAUGUUGCCAUAAAACAACUCAGUCGCAGAGGGCUGCAGGGACACAAGGAAUGGUUGACUGAAGUACAUGUUCUUGGGGUGGUUGAACAUCCAAAUCUUGUCAAACUUAUUGGUUACUGUGCUGAAGAUGAUGAAAGAGGAAUGCAGCGUCUUCUUGUAUAUGAAUUUAUGCCUAACAGGAGUGUGGAGAAUCAUUUGUCAGCUCGAUGUUGUAAGCCUCUUCCAUGGGCCAUGAGACUGAGGAUAGCUCUUGAUGCUGCUCGUGGCUUGACAUACCUGCAUGAAGAAAUGGAUUUCCAGAUAAUUUUUCGAGAUAUGAAAACAUCCAACAUUCUCUUGGAUGAGCUUUGGAAUGCAAAAUUGUCUGACUUUGGCUUGGCUAGACAAGGACCAGCGGAAGGACAAACUCAUGUUUCAACAGCAGUUGUGGGAACCAUUGGCUAUGCAGCUCCUGAGUACAUCCAAACUGGGCGCCUGACUGCCAAGAGCGACAUAUGGAGCUACGGGGUUGUUCUUUACGAGCUUAUCACUGGCCGUCGCCCAAUGGAUAGGAACCGCCCCAAAGCCGAGCAGAAGCUCUUGGAUUGGGUCAAACCGUACAUAUCCGACAUCAGGAAGUUUCAUAUGAUCGUAGAUCCCAGGCUAGAAGGGAGUUAUACUCUAAAAUCAGCAACAAAUCUUGCAGCUGUGGCAAACAAAUGUUUGAUACGCCGUCCCAAAUCAAGGCCGAAGAUGAGCGAAGUGUUAGGGAUGGUUCAAAGCAUCAUAGAGAAUAUGGAGACUGGGAUUCCACACCCUCCUCCGAGGAGUUAUUUAGAAGAGACAGCUUCUGAAGAAAGUAAAAAGAGAGGACUGAACUGGAAGAGAAGGAUUGGGGAUUUGAAAGUAGGAGAAGGGAGACGGCUUGUGUGGCAAGGAUGGACACAAAAACUUGUGAGGACACACUGAUGAUGACAAUGACAAUGAUAAUGAGCAAGUAUCUGUUAUGAAGUUCGUUAGUUUAGUUACAGUUAGCAGCAACAUAUGUUUCAAUGUGUGCAUAAUUGUUAUGCUUAUGUAUGUCAUCUAUCAAAUCACUGAUGAGAGGUUCUGUAUAUUUCUGAAUUUGUUCGUGAUGCGGCAACAAGAAGCUGGGAAUGAAUCUUGGUCGGUUUCGAAUCGUUAUAUGUAUCAGAUCUCAUUCUAUUAUGAUGGUAUGUAGCCUAAUGUGGCAAUAAAAUUCCGUGUCUUUCCAAGGACAAGAACAAACUACCGGAGGCAGGAUGGGAGGCUGCAAUAUGGAAAUUUUUAUGCUCACUCAAGUUUAGCACAUUGUGUGCAGCCUUUUUUCUUGUAAUCACAAUGCGAGUAAUAUCACCUUCUUGAAUGUCUUACUUGUGUUGUACCAAAAAAAAUGUCUUGCUUGUUU